UUCAUUAACUUGUAGUAGUUGUGUUUGAGAGGGAGGGUGAGGGAGCUUUAAUCCUACGCAAAUGGGAAAGUUUGUUGUGGUACAUCUCUUGCUUCUAGUGGUGUAUUUAGGGUCACUGUUUCCUUCUCUUGCAUGUCCUUAUUGCCAUCACCCAACUCAUCCUACUAAACCACCUAAGGUGCCACCGAAGUUCCACCCCAAGCACCCACCAAAGGUUAAGCCACCACCGAAGUUCCACCCGAAGCACCCACCAAAGGUUACACCAUUGCCGCACCCACCAAAGGUUAAGCCAUUGCAACCACCCCCAGUUGUGAUCAAGCCACCCUACAUUAAGCCGCCCAGCCGGCCGAAGGUGAGCCCCAAACCACCACCCUAUGUCAAGCCACCCCAUUUAAAGCCACCCUAUGUUAAACCACCCUACGUAAAGCCCCCUCCAGUUGAAAAGCCAUGCCUGACACCCCCUCAUGGAGUUAAGCCUAAGCCUCCGAGCCCAUCGCUGGUGGUGCCCAUGCCGCCCUCACCUCCGAAAGUAGUCCCCAUGCCGCCAUCGCCUCCGAAAGUGGUGCCCACACCGCCAUCACCUCCAAUAGUAGUCCCUACACCACCAUCACCUCCAAAAGUACUCCCGCCAUCACCUCCGAAAGUAGUCCCCACACCGCCAUCACCUCCAAUUGUGGUCCCCACACCACGGUGCCCUCCGAAAGUACUCCCGCCAUCGCCUCCAAAAGUAGUCCCCACACCGCCAUCACCUCCAAUUGUGGUCCCCACACCACCGUGCCCUCCGAAAGUACUCCCGCCAUCGCCUCCAAAAGUAGUCCCCACACCGCCAUCACCUCCAAUUGUGGUCCCCACACCACCGUGCCCUCCGAAAGUACUCCCGCCAUCGCCUCCAAAAGUAGUCCCCACACCGCCAUCACCUCCAAUUGUGUUCCCCACACCACCGUGCCCUCCGAAAGUACUCCCGCCAUCGCCUCCAAAAGUAGUCCCCACACCGCCAUCGCCUCCAAUUGUGGUCCCCACACCACCGUGCCCUCCGAAAGUACUCCCGCCAUCACCUCCGAUUGUAGUCCCCACACCGCCAUCACCUCCAAUUGUGGUCCCCACACCACAGUGCCCUCCGAAAGUACUCCCGCCAUCGCCUCCGAAAGCAGCCCCCACACCGCCAUCACCUCCAAUUGUGGUCCCCACACCUCAGUCCCCUCCGAAGGUUGCCCCACCACCUUUCCAGAAGCCGUGCCCGCCACCGCCAGCACAGUAAACAUACCCCAUUGACACACUCAAGCUAGGCGCAUGUGUGGCCAUCUUGGGUAGUCCGAUCCACAUUGGCAUAGGCAGUGUGGCCAAAGAUGCAUGUUGCCCAGUGCUAAAAGGGCUGGCAGACUUGGAUGCAGCUCUUUGCCUUUGCACCACCAUCAAGGCCACUUUCCUAAACAUCAAUAUCGUCCUACCCUUUGCUUUUAAGGUCUUGCUUGACUGUGGGAAGACCCUUCCACCAGGUUACCAGUGUCCUGCGUAAGGUACACCGCCAAGUGGCAUUUUAGUAAUUUUUCAUGUUUUUUGUAUGAAAGGUUCAAAAGAUGUGGAUAGACAAUCAAAGACUAACCCAUGGAUCAGCUGGGAGUGUAGGAGAUGGAGUUUUUGUUUUGGAAUGUAUGUGAGUUUCUCAA